GUCAUUUCCGACUCCCCCUCCAAUACUUCCUGCAUGUGCCGACAAUAUGGCAGCGUCCAUAGCGAUUCAUCUGGAGUUUGGAGGAGGAGCAGAGCUGCUAUUUAAUGGUGUGAAGAAGCAUCACGUGACUCUUCCAAGCCAGUCAGAACCUUGGGACAUGAAGCAGCUGCUGGUCUGGAUCCAAAGGAACCUGCUGAAGGAACGACCUGAGCUGUUCGUCCAAGGAGACUCUGUGAGGCCUGGGAUCCUGGUACUUAUCAAUGAUGCAGACUGGGAACUGAUGGGGGAACUGGACUAUCAACUACAAGACCAAGACAACGUUGUGUUUAUUUCUACUCUUCAUGGAGGAUAAAAACAUUUUUUUUAAAAAGAAGAAGGCAAGGAUUUUAAAUGUUUCCUAACAGUUCAGCCUUUUCACAACAUCAUCUCUUCUUACUGCCCCACCACCACCACAUCCCAGCAUCACAUCACCCUAUUGGAUGUUGCAGAUGUGUCAACCUGCCCAGCGACAACUGAGAGGAUUGAUGAUGUUUUAUGGGAAUGAGGAGAAAUUCUCAUAUAGAAAGAUGGAAACUGUUAGACUGGUGUAAUGGGAAGCGAUACAAAUCCUGGUUGCACUGGCCAUCUCCCAGGCACCAAUAUCAGUAUCUACACUUACUGGGUCUGCCUUCAUCUCCAUGCAGACACUCUUCCUGCAUGUCUGUCCUGAAGGUUAAAAAUUAGCUGCAAAUCACCACUUUAGGAAAAAAAACCCACACGUUACUCCCUCUUCCAUUAGUGUUUCAGAGCAAUGUAUUAACAUUUAAUAAAUGGUUUAUUACACACUGA